UGUCUCACCUGCUCGAAAUCACUUCGAGGCGCACGAACAGGACAUUUUCAACUUGUGACAAUUAAUAUGCACGUAUCAGACAGUUAACACUUUAGCUACUUCAGAUAGCAGUGACGCUCUCGAGUCUGGGCCGUGCGCCUUUCUGAGCAACACGCCAGAAAAGCGUCAGUCAGUUUUCUUUUCGGCAACUUGGCAACUCAUCACUCCAACAAGGAUUUAACAGUGAGCGCGCGCGAAGCGCAUUUCUAUUGCUGACUUGAUUUUGUAGGUAUCAUAAUGGAACUGAAAAAGAGCCAGAUGCAAUGUAAGUAAGUGUGGGAUAAUGUUGAUUGAAUCGCCUUCUUCAGUCGUGCUGGACUCACUGUGAUUUCUGAUUCUCUAUGUUUGGACAUCAAAUGGCAGCGGUAUAAACUGCAUGGGCUCCGAGAGCUUGGAGGAAGAAUAUUUGUUAAAAAAAAAAUAUCUAUAUCUAUAUCUAGGCUAUAUAUAUAUAUAUAUCUAUAUCUAUAUCUAUAUCUAUAUCUAUCUAUAUAUAUAUAUCUAUAUAUAUAUAGAUAUAUAUAUAUAUAUAGGCCUAUAUAUCUAUAUAUAUUCUAUACGUUGGGGAUUUUGGGGAAUAAGCAAUCUUGCGUUGAAAUUUUAGGAAUAAAACAUACAGACUGUGUUCUGUAACACACAGAACCGCGACAAUGGAGCACACGGGAAUCGAAGAGGUGAACCAGACCCACCAGCAGCACGAACCCAUCAGUUUUGGAAUAGAUCAGAUUCUGAAUGGCUCGGAUCAGCCGAGCAGCUGCAUGUUGCCGAGCAGAAUCGGUGACUCGGACUACUCGCUCGCACCUAACGUCUACAACGGCUACAACAGCGUGUACAAUCCGGCCUGCUCGAUGGCGGCGGGACUGGCGGGUUCUUACAACGUUAACAUGAACAUGAAUGUGAGCAUGAACAUGAACGUUAACGUGAACUCAGGGAAUGCAGGCGGUGUCAUCCGCGUCCCGGCCCACAGACCCAUGCCACCCGCUCCUCACCCGCCUACAUCUGCCCAUCCACCGGGCAUCUCGGCGGGGAUACCCACAGUGCCCAGCAUGGGUAACCCCUCCAGCUUCACGUUCCCCUGGAUGGAGAGCAGCAGAAGAUUUGCGAAGGAUCGGUUGACCGCUGCCCUUUCACCCUUCUCCGUGACUCGACGAAUCGGCCACCCGUACCAGAACCGAACUCCGCCGAAACGGAAAAAGCCCCGCACGUCAUUCAGCCGCCUGCAAAUCUGUGAGCUGGAGAAACGGUUCCACCGGCAGAAAUAUCUGGCGUCAGCGGAGCGCGCAACGCUCGCCAAGGCCCUGAAAAUGACAGACGCUCAGGUCAAAACCUGGUUUCAGAACAGGAGAACAAAAUGGAGGAGGCAGACCGCUGAGGAGAGGGAGGCAGAGCGACAGCAAGCCAACCGUCUGAUGUUGCAGCUCCAACAGGAGGCUUUUCAGAAGACUCUGAGUCAACCACUUCAACAAGACCCUCUCUGCCUACACAACACCUCGCUUUAUGCACUGCAGAACUUACAGCCCUGGGCAGAGGACAACAAGCUAUCCAUCUAAGAGAGGGAGGGGCUAUGUCCUUUCCAACCCAAUACUGCAAAGCUGUCUGAUGAAUUUCACCCAUCAAGAUGGCUGUUUGUCUACGUGCCAUUUGGCAUCAAGGAGACUGACUCAACCCCAGACUUGUUCACUCUUGUUCCUUUUGUGUGUGUUUUUUUUUUUGUUGGACUUUGUAAGAUGUGUUUGUGAUGCAUGUUCUUGACACUUCCUGUAUGAAGAGACAAACUAAAAACUGGUAGCUCUGUCACACUGGAGUCCUCCUAAGAUGCACUUUGGAAGCAAUUACGAGGCACUCUCUCUGGAUUCUUCAUGAUGUGACAUUUAAAGGCGUUUUAUAUUAAAAAGAAU